UCAUUGAAUCCAGGCCCUUAUGAACUUAAUGUACCCCAUCAAUUGGCCCUAAUUGAAGAGCACGAUGCUGUCUGUGUUGCUGAUCGUGAGCAUCGACGCGUUAUUUGCUACUCCGCCGGUCUACAAAAGCCAACUGACUUUGCAUCUGGCAUAUCAAAAGAAAGAAAUGAAAUUCCCGAUUCAGCUGGAGAAUAUCUCUUUCAAUUGGCCAACGAUGAAUAUGGGCCUUGCUUCGGCGUCGCAUACAUUCCACAGAGUAAAAAUGAUUAUCAUUUCACAACAUUUUUUUUAUCCUGUCACAAAUUGCUUCAACUUAAUUUAAGCUCCUCUAGAGAGACAAUUUUCCAAUCUAUACUCCCUGAUCUAUCAUUAAAAUAA